GGAUUUCCUGCCUACCUGCUACCUAGGCAGGUCGUUGAGGAUCGGUGGCGCGUCUAUGCCGCCGUACUAGAGUAUACCUAGGCAGCGUGCCAGAUGCCAUGUCGUCUUAGUUGGCGUCCGGGGAUGAGAGUAAAGACACACCCACACUACACUAUUCUAUGCGCAUCAUUGUCCCUCGGCCAUAUUCAGCAAACGCGCCGCGCCAAACUGACCGAAGAGCCAAGGUCUUGGAUCGAUCGACAGUGAUCAUUUGGCCCCCCCGUCCCGCGCUUGUUCCUCAUCGGUUCUCAAGUACCAGUUAUCUUUGGACGGAGCUAUGCCACUGGUGGUCACGCAGUCCCGAGCCUGAUAUAUACCUUCUCGCGGGACUAGCAUGGGAUGUCGUCGAUCGAUUUAUUAUAAGUAAACACGCCCCCAGCCUUUGAUGUUUCCCUUGUUUUCUCUUCAGCCAGCCAGGUAGCCAGCCGUCCUCAAGCUUAAGACCUUACAAUGCGCUUCUCGACCUUUCUUACGGCUGUAGCAAGCCUUGCCGUAGGCAUCAAUGCCUACUGGCUUGAGGAUAUUCAACAUCAAGGCGUAGCACCUUUCGCCGGCGAUGGGUACAAGGUCUUCCGCAACGUCAAGGACUACGGUGCCAAGGGUGAUGGCAGCACCGACGACACGGCUGCCAUUGCCGCAGCGUUGAGUGACGGCGGCAACCGCUGCUUACAAGGCUGUGCCUCUACCACCACAACGCCGGCCGUUGUCUACUUCCCUUCUGGAACCUACAUUAUCUCGAAGGCUCUUCAGCCCCCAUACUUUACUCAGCUCAUUGGUGACCCGACCGACCGACCCGUUUUGAAGGCUACUCCCAACUUUGAGGGUUUUGGAUUGAUUGAUGGCAACCCGUACUUUACUGAGACCCUGAACUGGGUUUCGACCAAUGUUUUCUACCGCCAAAUGAGGAACUUCGUCAUCGAUACGACUGCUAUUGCGCCCGGUACAGCUGCUACCGGUAUCCACUGGCCAACUUCUCAGGCGACCUCGCUUAUCAACAUCGAGUUUAACAUGCCUACUGAUCCUAGCACUGUCCACGUUGGCCUCUUCUGUGAGAGUGGUUCCGGCGGCUUUAUGAGCGACUUGACGUUCAAUGGUGGUGCUACUGGUGCUUCGCUGGGUAACCAGCAGUACACCAUGCGCAACCUCGUCUUCAACAACUGCCAGACUGGUAUCAUCCAACUCUGGAACUGGGGCUGGACCUACAUCAACACGCAAUUUAACAACUGCGGUACUGGUAUCGACAUUAGCGCACCUGGUGCAGACGACACCCUUGCUGUUGGCUCCGCGAUUAUCUUAGACAGUUCCUUCAAGGACACUCAAGUCGCCGUCAAGACUGCUUAUACCACCUCCACCUCACCUGAUACUGCCGGCAGUCUUAUUCUGGAGAACGUUUCGCUUGAGAAUGUUCCCACCGCCGUUCAGGGUGGAAGUGGCAACCUCCUUGAAGGUGGAUCGAAGAUGAUUGCUGGUUGGGGACAAGGUCACCGAUAUGUCUCUGGCACCGACAGGGAGCUCUCUGGCGAUAUCACACCAAACGAGCGCCCAGCGGUUCUGACCGGUGAGAACGGGUACUACUCUCGUUCCAAGCCUCAAUACGAAGAUCUCGCGGCAUCUGACAUCGUGAGCGCUCGUGCUUCUGGCGCCAAGGGCGAUGGCACCACAGACGACACUGCUGCUUUGCAAAAAGCUAUUGACAGCGCCACCAAUGGCAAAGUUCUAUUCCUCGAUUAUGGUCUUUACAAGGUUACGGGUACUCUCAAGAUCCCCGCUGGCGCCAAGAUCUUCGGUGAAGGCUACCCAGUCAUCAUGGCUUCGGGCGACUUCUUUGGUGACAUCAACAACCCUGUGCCUCUGCUACAGGUGGGCGCUAACUCGGGCGACGCUGGCCAAGUCGAACUGGUUGAUUUCGUUGUUGGUAACUCAGGUCCCGCCCCUGGCGCCAAACUCAUCGAGUGGAACUUGGCUUCUGAGGCCACCAACCCUAGUGGCAUGUGGGAAGUUCACGUCCGUGUCGGUGGUUUCCGAGGCUCUGAGAUGUUGGUUGAACAGUGCCUCAAGGCCACUGGAAGUGCCAACAUUGACCCCAAAUGCAUUGGUGCUAACAUGAUGAUGCACGUUACUCCCAAGGCCACUGGAUUGUACAUGGAGAACACCUGGCUUUGGGCUGCUGACCACGAUAUUGAGGACAGCACCAACACUCAGAUCACUCUCUUCUCUGGCCGUGGUCUUUACAUCGAGUCUACUGUCGGCACGUUCUGGCUCUAUGGUACCGCUGCUGAACACAACCACCUCUACAACUACCAGUUUGCCAACACCAAGAACAUCUUUGUGAGCAUGUUCCAGACAGAGACUCCCUACUACCAGCCAUUGCCCAAUGCGCUUGAGCCAUUCCCUAUCACCGAAUCAAUCAACGAUCCCGAUUUCGCUGCCACUUGCAACGGUGUUGAGGGCAAUUGUGCUGAGGCCUGGGGCCUGCGUAUCAUCGACUCUUCAGACUUCUUCAUCUACGGUGCGGGCCAUUACUCGUUCUUCAAUAACUACGAUACUAGCUGCUCAACCGUCGAGGCUGGUGAGAACUGCCAGUCACGCAUCGUCUCGCUUGAGAACGUCAGCAACAUCAACAUCUACGGCCUCAACACGAUCGGCUCCGUGAGCAUGCUCGAAAAGGACGGCUCAAGUGUGGCCAUCUGGUCUGACAACGUCAACGUAUAUCCCGCCAACAUCAUGCUUUAUCGAAGUGGUUGAUUCCCAUAGUUGGUGAGCUAAGUUGAGAAAAAGGGGAAUCGACAAUGAACACGUUGUGAUAUCUCCAAAAAAAAAGAUUGGAUAUGGUUCGUUGUAUAUAUAUAUUUUAUUUCUUCUUUCAUGUACAUAGAAAGGCAGCAGAGACCUGUCCAUUUUAUAUGAUACCAGAUCAAUUGAUCCAGAUUGACAAUUAUGCAUGUU